CAAACGUGCUUAUCGUCGCGAUUAUUUUUGUAUGAUACACGUGUUAUAGAGAGUUUCGUUGUUAAUAGUUAAAACAUCCCCGGUAAAACUGCACCCUUCGCCAUGUCCGACUCCGACGAGGACCAUCAGCUAGAUACAGCUGCCCAUCGCAAGCUGUUGACCGGAAUUAACAGUCUUGUUCGUACUCAAGACAUCCAGGAAGCCACCCGUACUGAACCAUCACUGAAACGAUCGGAGUUUCACCUCGUCAAGGGUGGCCGGUUAGAUGAGGAUGGCCAGGAGCGUAGCAGCAAGCAUUCGGUUACCUUAGAGGACUUGCUUGGACAUUUGACGAAAACAAACCAGUGUCCGGAUGUUGUCAAAGAUUUGUCCAUGGUAGUUAAAGGUAAGCGAACACUUCAGAAGCCACUGGAAAAACCAGUAGCCGAUCGUAUUUCGCGAGAUGCGCUCUACGGUAAGGCUCAGACGGAAUUGGAACUGUGGGAACCGGUGGUGACAUCAAUGGAAGUGGCUCCGCAGAUGAAUUUUCCGCUCAAGUACGGAAAUGUGCGAAUGAUUGACCAGGCACCGCAGAAAAUUUCUCAGUAUCGAGUCAAGACGGACUUGAUGAAAGCGAUGGAGCAACUGGACCGACGCUAUCGGGAGCCCAAAUCUAAACCUGUAAAAUCCGUUGAGAAAUAUGCUCUGACGUUGGAGGAGUUAAAACAAAAACGCAAAGAAGCAGCCCUGCAGAAAAUGCGCGAGUUGUACAAGAUUUCCAAAAAUCGCAGAAUGAACAAAAUCAAGAGUAAAAAGUACCAUAAAUUGCAGAAACGGGAAAAGGUACGCGCGCAAAUCAAACAAUUUGAGGAACUGCAGAAAAAGGAUCCUGAGGCCGCCCUGGCGCAGCUUGAAGCCAUUGAAAAACAGCGUUAUCAGGAGAGAGCCACUUUGCGGCACAAAAAUACCGGCUCUUGGGCUAAGAACAUGCAGAUUAGGGCCAAGUACGAUAUGAACGUGCGGAAAGAACUGGCAGAGCAGUUGUCUAUUGGCAAGGAAUUGAUGGGUAAACGGAGAGUAAACGAGGACGAAUCUUCGUCCGAGUCCGGUGCGGAAGAUGUUGUUGUGGACGAUGGUGAGCAGAACGGCAAUCCGUGGAUAGGAAAACGAGGGGAACACGAAGAGGAAGCAAACCGGCAGUUUACGAGUGGUUACCGGAAAUACUGGCAGGAAAGGAAUGAAGCUGUAGAAGCAUCAAAGCGAAUGGAGGAUGAAAAUGGAGUUAGCAAUGGAUCCGAGUCAGAGUCAGGUGAAACUGAGGAAGAAAUGGACACAGAACAGGGCACUUCGUCUGAUUCGGAAGUUGAAAAAGAGCUGGCAGAAUUUAAACAGAAGGUUCAAAAAUCCAAAGCAAUUUCCACAACUGCUUGGCAAGAGGAAGAUAUAGGAGACAGACCGGUACAGAAAAAAGUGAAAAAACGAGGUGCCCGUCAAGAGGAUGUAAAUUUGGAUGAACUGUUUGAUGAGGCAGAAGAAAUUUUAAACCAAAAGGUCAAGAAAAGGGUAGCAAAGAUUCGUAAAUCAGUUGAAACAAACCCCAAAAAAGCGAGGCGAAAAAAAGGUUUAAGAAAAAAGGAUCAAAAGUCUAAGCUCGCUUUCAAGAAAAAAGUCUCUCUGGCGGACGCGGACAUGGAACUCACCGAAUCGAUUGAUAAAAACGCCAUUCCAUUCUCCGAUCAUUCGAAGCGUAACAUUUUGCCCGUGGUCCCCGACAGCUCGAAGGAGGUAACCAUUGAUCCGCAGCAGUUUGUGCAGAUGAAACCGAAGCAUCUGUUGAAUGCGUUCCCAGACUUGGACCUCGCUGGGGGUGACUUGGAUCAGGAUGAUGACUCCGACGAUGGUGACGCGAUAGAGAAAUUCCGGCGCGAGCAAAAAUUAACGAUCGCCGAAGCCUUUGAGGACGACGACAUUGUAGCGGAUUUCGAGUUAGAAAAACGGGAAGAAAAGGAUCGCAGUAAACCACAAGAAGUGGAUCUCGAUCUGCCAGGUUGGGGCUCCUGGGUCGGACCCGGAAUAAACAACAAGAAAGUGAACAGAACACGUCGAAGAAUGCUCAAACCGGCCCCGGAGCUGCCCCGCCGAGAUGAUAACCGCGAGAAGGUGAUCAUAAAUGAAGAUGCUGUGAAUAAGAAGUUGGCCACCCAUUUAGUCACCGAGUUGCCGUUCCCGUUCGUUAGCGUGAAGGAUUACGAAGCUUCGCUGCGGGCUCCGCUUGGCAGGACUUUUAUACCGGAGACGGCACACGCGACCCUGGUAGAACCGCGGGUGGUUACGAAGAAGGGCACUGUCAUCGAACCGAUGAAGAAGGAUAUCCUGCUGUCGUCUAAUCCGGCUAAAAGCUUCCGCGUUGGUGGAAAGAAGUUCAACAAGGCCGUCAAGAAAUACGAGGAGUAUUUGACCAGCGAGGAGGUGGCUGCAUGAGUUUGGUUCGAUUCAUUUCAGCGGUUAAUAAAGGUUUUUUGUAUACCUACUA